AUGAAUUCAAUUUAUUGUAGAGGACACCAGGAUCGAGCUAUCAGGGACCCUGGCGACAUUGAGGUCAUCUCUGUGCUCUUGUCGAAAUUCAUCGAUGAAAAUUACACAGGAACAAAGGAAGUGACAGAUAUAAGGAGAGGAGUAACAUUGAAUCUGGAAUCAAUUUAUAACUGUAGGGAAAAUACUAGGAAUGUAUUUCUUGGUGGAAGUCAGUCUGACGGAAUCUACAUGUCUGGGUCCGAUACAGACACCGUGUAUAUUGAAAAUGAUGUGCUAGUUAUCUCCCCUGGACAGUCGGUUCCUCCAGACAGCUCACACAAGACUGUGUUGUAUAUGACCAAGGCUUUGGAAGCCCAAUGUACACCAGGUUAUGUGAGCUUACAAUUAGGGGAACUAGGACAAAAGCGUAACACUACCAUUGUUAAUUCACUGGUAACUUUUGGCGGACGUAGGUUUGUCGCUAGUAACAUCUACAGAAAACAAACAAUCAGAGAACAAAGCAGAUCUAUACCCAAGUCAAUCGUCCCUCAUGGACAGAGCAGCCCACAGGCUACUUCUUUAAAUACAGUUGUAGGCUUUGCCUGUAAAAGCUGGCCAAGAGAUGCUGAAGAGUGGGUGACUCGCACACGGCUGUGUGGGUGGCCACCACAAAAACUGGUUGAUCAAAUUGUGUGCCAAGGUUGUCAUCUUGUUCCGUUAGAAGAAAAAAGUUUGGAGGAUAAAACAAUGGUUCUCAAGUGGAGGAUAUCCCUAGCAUCAGCUGAGAGAUCUUUAGUUCAUGCAUUCAGUCACGUUCAACUCAAGGUUUACUGUUUACUGAAAUAUUUCUUUAUUCAGUUGAAGAAUACAAAUCUUUUGCGGGAAUUCCCUGGUGUUGUUAGUUCUGCUUUAUUGAAAACGCUCAUGUUUUUCUCUGUGGAAAACUCUCAUCCAAUGCUCUGGAAAGAACAAAAUUUGUUUUACUGUUUCUGGUUUUGCUUUAAUAUUCUGAUGUCAUGGGCUCAGAAGGAAUGUUGUCCGAACUACUUCAUCCCAUCCGACGAUAUGUUCCAGGAGAAACUCCGUGGACGAAAUCAACAGAAACUUUUUGAUGUCCUCACAAUUUUCCACGGAAUGAAGUUACUGUGUCUUUCGCAUGAGAAAUUCUUCCGACCAAAUAUACUGGAAAGUAUUAGCGAUGCAAACACAAUAACUGAACUUGUGCAUCCACACACUGAAAAGGAAAUAGAAUAUCACAGGGACAUGGGGCUCAUAGUAAAACUAGCAACCAUUAGCCAGCCUAGUGGGUCUGAUCUUACUCGGUGUCUGACUAAAGCAUUGAACUUAUUGAGGAAGUCAGAAACGGAGGUGGAGGAAGUAACAGCUUUUAGUUUUAUGAAUAGUCUACUCUUGCAGCUGACUCAGAGGAAGGCAAAUCCAGACCAUAUUGCUAGAACAACAAGCAACAAGACUCGGUACCAGACUCUGGGUAAAUGUGAACACCAUUUGAUACUUUGUUCUUCAGUAGGAACAGAACUUUGCUACUUGGCAAAUUUUUACUUUAUGUCUGGAAACUACAAUAAAUCUUUGAGAUUGUGCAGCUAUGUAACAUCACAGCCUCAAUAUCACAUGAAAAGUCAACUGCUGCUGCCGUCGGAACAAAAAGCAAGAUACAUACAGAGCUACUGUGGGAAAGGUUAUACUCUAAUUCACAAGCUUAAGAAAACAUUCACGAAAUCACUUUUCUUCGCGAAGGAAACCUUUUACCUUCCUCAGCUACAGCCUGAGGUAUCAAAGAGCCCGGUUGGUAUCUACAUUCCAGCACUACCCUAUGCUUUCUUUCUGUCCUUCCUGUGUUGCCAUGAGCUUGGGGACACUGCAUGUUGUGAUGCAGCGAUACGUAGUCUGAUAGUUGCAAAGUAUGAUUACCUAGAGGGAGGACACACCAACUGGACCAUUCACACACUACUGGGGAUCUGUUAUGAAACUUUAGGGGAUCAUCGCAGGGCUAUCAGGUGCUACAUGGACUCCGAUCAGUCCAAGACAGAGUUUCAUGAAUACAACCCCGCCCUAGAGAGGAUUAAAGCCCUACAGAGAACAGUAUAGAACAACAAUACCGUUGCACUAAAAGUCACCAUUGCA